CGCGUCUUACAAGCUUGCAGUAAUGGUAAUGAAUUCGUUUCUAUACAUUUAUAGCAGUUAUGCUUAUACUUGAAAAGAAAAAUUGUUAAGUGAGGAGUCAGGACAAGUUCAGAUUGUAACGAGAAUUUUUGGCAGGUUAAAAAUUAAUUCUAUUCAAAAUGUCUACACGGUAUAUGAAAAAAGUAUAUGGAAGUGAUGUAUUAUUCGAGAAGGAUAGUGAAAAUGAGAGUGAGAUGGAAAACUCGAUAAUUGGCAACGUUAAACCAAAGACAUUCAACUUCUUUGAUGUAUUGAAUCAAAAUUCUGAAAUUAAUGAGGAAGAAAAUGAAGAAGAACAAGCAGUGGAUGAAAAUAGUAUUGAUGAAGCUAAGCGCAAGAAAAAAAAGAAAAGACGAAGAAAAUUAGAAGGUUGUAAAGCCCAAAUUGUUGAAUCAAAAGAAGAAAGUAUAGAUGAAAUUGAAAGAACAGUGAGGGAAGUGAAUAAAUUACUUGGGGAACCACUUCCAGGUUGUAGCUCUCAAAGUACAGAUAAUUUUCAGUGGAGCCAACAAAAGUCUAAAGAGGAUACUUUGUUAGUGCAACAUAAGCACUUAAAUCCGUAUAAUGAACUUAAGAGAAUUUUUGGUAGCAAAACAGUGCAAGCGGAACAAAACAAUAGAAGAAGUAGAGGACGUAUGGGCCAUUUAAAGAAAACCUGGUUGGUUUCUGCUAGAGAUAAUUGGCCACCAAUUAAUAAAUUUGGCCUUUCAAUGUCUUUGGAUCAUACUAUACAAACAACCAAUAAUGUUCAAUACUUUGUGUAUGAUCACAGUCCAUCAUACAGACAAGUACAAUUAAAAUUUUUAGAAGCUGUUGAAAGCUCAAAUCAUGAAAGUAUUCUUAGUAUAAUCAACAUGCAUUCUUAUCAUGUAGAUGCAUUAUUACAAUUAGCCGAACUGUGUAAACACAAUGAUGAUUUAGCAAUGGCUGCACAAUUGACGGAACGGGCUUUGUACUGCUUAGAAUGUGCUUUUCACCCACUGUUUAAUUAUACAACUGCUCUUUGCAGACUAGAUUACAGGAAACAACAAAAUCGUGCUUUAUUUAUAACUUUAUUUAAACAUAUUAAUUUUGUUGGUGGACGUGCAUGUUACAGAACAAGCUUGGAAUUUUGUAAAUUACUUUUGUCACUUGAUCCAGAAGGUGAUCCAUUAGCUGUGGUUCUUUGUCUUGAUUUCUAUGCUUUAAGAGCAAAGGAAUACGAAUGGUUUAUAGAAUUUUGCAAUCUUUGGGAUAGUACAAGAAACCUAACACAGUUGCCAAAUAUAGCAUACAGUUUAGCUUUAGCCCAUUUUUAUUUAGGCAACAUAAGUACUGCUAACGAAUUGUUACAAAAUGCUUUAAUAAUGUUCCCGGGUGUAUUGAUGCAGUUACUAGAAGAAUGUGGGAUACAAUCUGAUGAAAUGGUACGAUCCUAUGAUUUCUUUAACACUAAAGCAGUACUUUCAACUUCACCACCUCUAGAGAAGCUACAAAAUUUAUACGUUGAUCGUAACUUUCGCCUAUGGAAAGAUGUAGAUCUUUUACCAUGGCUACGUGAAAAUGUGCACACUGUACUAUGUCGUGUUGAUUCACAAGAUGAUUAUGUAAAGUAUUGUGAGGUAAAACGGAGAAAACGUUACCAAGGGAGAUUACCAAAGAAUAUUUUGCGACAUAUUAUAUUGUCUGAUAUAAGAAAUAUCAGUGUGAACUUUCAAGAGGUACAAAUUGAUGGUUCCAUUCUUUCUCAUGAUCCUCUACCACCUGUGGAUAGUAUUGAUAUUUACAAACGUCCUGCCACAAGUACAAGGUCAAACAGAAAUAAUGCUGGUUUUUUAUCUCUCUUUCUUUCGUAUUUAUCCAGGGAUAUUGGUAGAAAUGUUGCGGAAGUUCUUGAAAAUACAAAUUUAUCCUAUGAUAAUGAUGAAGAAACAUAAAAUUGAUUCAACUAUUAAUUACUGAUUAUAUCGUGGAAUAACAAGUCAGAGUUCAGGAAGUUUGCUUUCAAUUAAAUAACAUAAAAAUGAAGUUAAUAUGUGUAUAAAUAUUUUUCAAACAACAGCUAUUUUUAUGAAAAUAACAUACAUUUCAUGGCAGGUAAUAUAUAUAAUAUUUAGUAAUGAACACUGCAAAAAUUAUAGUCCUUUUCUAUUAUUAUAACUACUUUCAUCAUCAUCAUUAUCACUAUCAUAGUUGUAUAAUAUUUUAUUAUAUGUACUUGAAGCUUGAUAUACUCUGAUUAUAUUUAUAUAUUCAUACGUAGUAUGAGGUUGUAUACAUUGUACGAUCCUGUAUGCUCUAUUGUAAUUUUUUGGAACUUUUGAUGCAAUUAUUACAUACCCAAUUUUUGCGAAGUUUUAAAUAAUAAAAAAGAAUAAAUAUAUAUAUAUAUAUACAUACACAUAUACAUACGUAUAUAUACACAUAUAUUAAUAAAUAAAUUAUAUUGUUGAAAUACUUGUAUCAAAGUGUUAUUUGUCAAUUAUCAUUUAUAUUUUGUUGAUACAUGAGUUCAUUAUAUAUAGGAUAAUGUAAAGCAUAUACUCUGUGAAUGUAAUUCAUUAAAAAAGAAUUAUUAUUUUCAAGUUGUCUUAUGUUAUGUACAGAUCUAUACAAUUAUCUUGUAUUAUCAUUUUUAUUGACUAUUCCUAGUCAUUGUUUCUAAUGCAGUGUUACCUUCAUCUUUUUGAGAGAUUUUCCCUGUAUCUUUAUUACAUAUAAAUAUCGUCAUAUAUUAUUGUAAUAAUUAAUGAGCAUAAAACCUUUUUUGUGUGCGUUUACUAGUGCAAUACUGGGCGUUUACUAGUUCCUCUGUAAUUAUUUCAGUUAGCAAUUAUAUAAUAAAAACACCCAUUCCAUCUAAUCAAAUACAUCAUCAUUUAAGAUAAAAAAUUAGAAAUUCAUCAAAUUGUUGAUAGAUCAAUUAGCGUUUAGAGGGACCAUUGGUCCAUAAUAAUGUAAUUCCUUUUAAUGCCACUUGUAUUCUUAUUUAUUUUAUACCAUACUAUGGAAUACGGGAUUAUAACGACAAAUUCCAGGUCCAUAUUCUUGAUAAGCUUUUUUGGUAUGACAAACUGUAUAAAAUUCUGGAUCGCUAGCUAAUAACGCACCUCCGUACCAUACUGCCCAACGUUGUUUGUGAUGCGAUAUAACAUGAACAUCUAUAGGUUUUGGCUAAAAUAAAAUUAAACAUAAAUACUA